GUCUGGCGUUCUCGCGGCCCGGGCUGCAGCGCGUGGAGUAGGACCAUGGGUGCGCAACGUCUCCCGCUGCUGCCCGCCGCCUGCGCGCUGCUGGCCCUGGCGCUGGCCGGCGACCCGUAUAGAGAAGACUGCAGGAAUAAAACGUAUCCUCCUUCAGGGCCUACGUACAAAGGGAAUGUUCCUACAUACAUCAUAAAUCUUGAUUUACCUCCCUACAAACGAUGGGUUAAUGUGAUGAAUGACAAAAAAACAGAGUUGAAGAAGGUAAUGCAGAACAUUAAAAUCUUAGUAAAUGAAUUCUUCCCUGGUAGCAAACUUGCUGACUUAGUGGAAGUUAAAAUGGUUCACUUGCUUUCCAGUCUUCCCCAUCCUUUCAGGGAAGAGAUCGAAGGGAUUGCAAAUACUUCUGGAGCUUCAUUGGGGGAUGUUGUUCUGUUUAACGUCUUCUAUGAGAUUUUUACAGUAUGCACUUCCAUAGUUGCAGAAGACCAAACAGGAAAGCUGUAUCACGCUAGAAAUUUAGAUUUUGGACUAUUUCUUGGGUGGGAUAUAAAAAAUAGUUCCUGGACUAUAACUCAGCUACUGAAGCCUUUAGUGGUAGCUCUUGAAUUCCAAAGAAACAACAAAACAAUAUUUAGAUCGGCAAAUUUUGCAGGGUACAUAGGCAUGUUAUCUGGAGUCAGACCAGGAGCUUUCACUCUUACAAUGAAUGAGCGUUUCAGUAUUGAUGGGGGCUACCUUGGAGUCCUUGAAUGGAUUCUUGGUAGGAGAGAUGGUGUGUGGAUGGGCUUCCUCACUAGGGCUGUUCUAGAAAAUAGUACAAGUUAUGAAGAAGCAAAGGAGAAACUGGCUAAAACGAGGUUACUGGCUCCAGCCUACUUCAUUCUGGGAGGAAACAAACCUGGGCAAGGCUGUGUGAUCACUCGUUCCAGAGCAGCUACUUUGGACAUAUGGGACUUGGACAUCAAGCAAGGUACAUGGUUCUUGGUAGAAACAAACUACGAUCGAUGGAAGCCUCCAUUUUUCCUGGAUAAUCGUAGAGAUCCUGCAAAGAAGUGCCUGAACCAGAUAAAGCAAGAGAAUCUCUCCCUAGCAACCAUUUAUGAUGUUCUGUCCACAAAGCCUGUCCUCAAUAAGUUGACAGUGUGCACAACGCUGAUGGCAGUUGAUGGUGGCCAUACAGAAACUUAUCUGCGGGAGUGUCCGGAACCCUGUUGUCCCUGGUGAUCCUGUCCUAGCCUAGGAGUUGAGCUCUGCCUGUUGAACUGGAGGCUUGCCAAGAAAAGUGAUCUGACUGUUUCUGGAGAGGCUUCCCAACCUGCGACAUUUUCAGAAGCUUGAUAACUAUAUAGAAAUGGCCAUGGAGUCUUAAGGAUUGAGAUCCAAUGCAGGAUGGGUCUUGUCCACUGCUUAACUGAUGGUUCAGACAACCAGCCUAUACUAACCUGCUUUUGUUUCCAUUUCAACUUUCUUUUUCUGCAGAUUAAAUACAAUAGUUGCCUCUGGGUCUCUACUAAUCUUCUGGUACUUCAAAAUUUGACUCUUUUAAUUUUAGACCAAGAAUUUUUUUUAAUUAAAAAAAAUGGAAUAGGAACAGUACCCUCUUAGUACUAGAAAUUUUUUGAUUAAAUUAAUUUGUAAAUGUUUUUAUUAUGAAAUGGGUACAUACAUAGGUCUUAAAAUUAAUUUUAUGAGUCCAGUGUUAAAGGCAUUUUUAAAAUGUCUUGGUAUAAAAUGGCUUAUCUAUAAAGUAGCUAAUUUUACAGUUAGGAAGCAGCUUGGUGUAGAUCCAAGUCAGAAGCAGCUGUUAGCAUUUUGGAGAUUGUUUUCCAUGUUUUUUGCAUUUUAAGAAAAAAGUCAGGGUUUAAUGCAUUUUCAUAGCAUUAAUAGAUAUGAAUCACAUUAAGUCAUUAUCUGGAAAUUGUCUUUGAAAACUAUCUCUUUUCUGUCUUAAGAUGAUUGUAUGCUACUCAUUUGUGCAUAAAAUAUCAACUUCUGCAAAACUUUGUACUGUAUCACAGUACACGUGAAAGUGGACCCUUUGUUAACAGCACAUAGCAGUACUUUUAUUUAUGUUCCUGGCAGAUAAAAUGACCAUUAGUGGGCACAUCUACACAAGAUGUCACACGUGCAGUAGACUGAUUCUACUAUGCAAUAGCGUGGCAGGCAAAAACCUUGGUAAUAUGCAGUAGAAUUAGUCUGCUGCACAUUAGCAUCACCUAAAAUGCAU